AUGAAGUAUUUAAAUGAUUAUGGUUACUUGGAUAUUCCAGAUAAUGAAAAUAGUAAAGUAAGUGAUGAUGCAUUUAGAGAAGCAUUAAUGUUAUUUCAGUUAACAUAUAAUCUUGAGAUAAGUGGUGAAUUAAGUGACGAUACUUUAAAUUUUAUGAACAUGCCUAGAUGUGGUGUAAAAGAUGAAUUUGGUAGCUAUAGAACUAGUUUGUAUAAAUGGAAUAAGAAACAUUUCAAGUGGCAUUAUAAAGGUGCUACUAAAAAGGUAUUACAUGUAGCAGAAGCAGCAUUUAAUUUAUGGCAAAAAUAUAUUGAUAUUCAGUUUCAUCAUGAUAGCAAUAAUCCUGAUAUCUUAAUUACAAAUAAAAGACAAAAACAUAGGUUUGAAAUUAGUAAAAAUACCCAUUGUUCAAGAGAUUUAGAUAGAAAAGUUAAUGUGUUAGGACAUGUAUUUUUUCCAGAUAUGAAUAAUAAUCCUGUAGAAAUACAUAUUGAUGAUGAUGAAUUGUGGUACUUGGAAACUGAUGGAAAUACACCAAAAUAUCAAACGAAUCUAUUUGAAGUGUUAGUGCAUGAAAUUGGUCAUACAUUAGGUUUACGACAUUCAGAUGAUUAUGGUUCAAUAAUGUAUGCAUACUAUAAUGGAUCGCAUUUAGAAUUAUCUCAAGAUGAUAUUGAUGCUAUUCAAAGUUUAUAUGGUAAAAUAUCACAACAAACUACUACACCAAAAAUAAGUGUAAAAAUACCUACACCAUCUACAGCAAUUGAACCAGCUGAAUCAUUACGUGGAAUUAAACAUUUCGAUUACUUACUGUUCGCAAAUGUAAUGUUAUAUACAUUUUAUCAGAAAUGGGUAUGGAUUGGUGAUGAAACCGUAAUUAAUAAACAACUGGUUAAACUUCUUACCACAAGAUUUACAAAAAGUAAAUGGGAUAUUUCAAAGACCUGGUGGUGA